CUUUCACACAUGUCAUGUCUAUAACACUUAAUAAGUAUGUUAGUUAUAUGCUGGAAUGUGAGGCAAAAUUAUUGAAACAAAAGUUGAAGAUGGAAACCUUUUUGUUUGGCAGUUAAGAAUUAAACACCUCAAAACAGAUCAUUAUAUUGAGCGGACAUGAGGAAGCAGAUCUUAUCAAUUAAUCUUAAGCUUAAACUUCCUUCAACAUAAGCAAUGUAAUGUGCAAAAGGGCCUGUUGCAAAACCUCAAGUGAAAAUACACUUGCUUCAUAGUUUCCAUCAUAAUGAAUCACUGAAAUAUGGAGGUAGCUUUAACCUACACAAGAAAGGAUGUGGACGCAGAAGAUGACCUUGAGACAACCAUAUUUAGGCAUUUGUUUGUUUUUAAUCAGCUUUCGUUGUUGGAAAUUCUGGUUAAACAAAUAUUAAAAGUUCUUUUUAAGUAAUUGAUUAUUAAUGUGGCCAAGUGUAAUAUCUUUUUCUGUCAUCAGCCAGCUGACGUCAAACUAUUGUUUCUGCAGGAAGACUGAUUGCAGCUGUCGUUAAUUACCACAUUUUGCAGAAUUAGGAAGUAGAGUGGUCAGUGUUGCAGAGCACCAGUCGUUGAAGUGUCUGUUCACUUGUCGAAAUGGCUGUUUCUCUCAGCAUUCUUCUUAUUCUUACUGGAAUAACAGGAAUUCACAGCAUAACUAAAAUUAGUAAAGUAUCAGUGAAAGCUGGAGCUUCUGUCACCAUCCCCUGUCUCUAUGAUUCUAAGAACAAAAACAAUGUGAAGUACUUGUGUGAAGGAUAUUACUGGGUCUCCUGCUCAUAUGUUACUAAAACAAACCAACCACAGGGUUCAGGAAAGUUUUCAAUCUCUGAUGAAAGAAACAAAAACAUCUUUACUGUGACCAUCAAACAUCUGACACAUGAAAACACUGACUACUGGUGUGCUGUGGAGCUCAGUGAUGGGGGUUAUGUCAGGCAGUACUUUCAACUGUCAGUCACCUCUGGUAGGCCCAGUCUGUAUGUGGAUAAUCAAGAAGUUACAGGAUUCAGAGGAGGAAGCGUAACCAUCAACUGUUCCUACAGUAACCCUGGAAAAAUUAAAUGGUGCAUGCUGGAUGGCAAAUGUGUGACAGAGCCAUCUGGAACAAUUGAUGGAACACCAGUGUCCUUCAACACAGGAGUCCGAACUGUAUUUGCAGUGACAAUGAAAGAACUAAAGCUACAGACCAGUGGCUGGUAUCUGUUUGUCCAAGGAGACAUUCAGUUGCCAGUGCAUCUAACUGUGACUGAGAAAGCUACUACCACGCCCAGUCCUGUUACUGAAAACAAAGCAGUUCCCACAAUUAAACCAGAACAAAGCAGGGAUUCUGUUGACCUGAAAAAAGUCCUCAUUCCUCUGAGUUUGCUGGUCUUGACUCUAAGUGUGGCUUCGUCCAUCUGGUUGAUACUGAGAUGCAGGCAGGCCAAUGGAAAAUCAACAGCCACACAAUUGGACAGUGAUGGUGAUGGGGACGUCACUUACAGCUCUGUGAUUGCUAUGAAGAAGCAAAGCAUGAAAAGGAGUGAAGCAAAAGAAGAGGAUGUUACAUACAGCACAGUGAGACAAUGCCAAUCACACAUUUAAAAUUUACAUCCAUUUAUCUAUUUAUCUUUGUUUCCUUAUUUUAGAUAAGUGAUGCAGUGUAUUGUCUGCUGCGGCUUGUUUCUCCUUUUAUUUCCAUCUUCUCAAAUGUUUACUUUAGUAUAGCCAUAAAGAGUUUAAUGAAGCAAUAUAUCAUUGUCAUCUUUUUAUGUCAAGACCUUUGACAAUAUGUUUUUAUACAUUUUUUGUUUUUGAAAUCCACCUCAUUAUAAAUUCUUCUAACACCUGUUGGGAUAAGUGUGUAAAUUAAACAGUUUUGUUUUUGUCACUUUUGUCUUUCUACAAAGGAAGAAGCUUGUUGACUAAAUAAUCUCUCAGUAAGGAACGUCAUAAAGUCAUUGAUCCGUCUACUAACACAUCAAGCUCCACUUAGUGCACCUAAAAAAAAAAUAAAUACACAAGACAAGUUAAUUAAAAAAGACAAUUUAUUUUACCCUGGAAUUUUGUGUAAUCGGUUAAAGAUAUUCCUGGCUAAAAUAUAGCUGACCGG